AUGGAAAUGUCACACAAUACACUGGAUAUUACAAAAUGGGAAAAUGAUGUUCGUUCUAAUUUUUUUAGUAAACAAUUUAAUGCAUUAAAUUUAAUAAAUAUAAUAAAACAGUAUCCUUUCUUAAAUGCGGUUUGGAAUAUAUAUAAUGAAUUUGAUAAACCUGUGGAGAAUAAAAAUGAUAUAGGUUACUCGAACUAUGAUAAUGUCUGCAACAGAGUUGCAAAAGAUUAUAUUGGCACAAGUGAUAUUCUUAAACGCUUUUGUGUGCAACUUGUAAGAAAUUUAGGGUGUUAUAGUUAUAAUAGUGUAUAUUACAAUCUUUAUAAGGAUCGUUGUGCGAUUUUAUACUAUUGGAUAUAUAAAUCAAUAAAACAACAUGGUAUUAAUAAGGAUCUUAUUACUGCAAUUUUUUAUGAUUAUUAUAGUAAACUGUGUACGUUGGAGAGAAAAGCUAAUUGUUUUUUUGAUUAUACUUAUUACGAUAAGUUUAAAGAACCAGUAAACAUGAUAUUCUUGGAAAUUUUCCAACAUAAUAUAAAUACUGUAAUAUAUACAUUGAAUAAUUCAUAUGGUACAAUUGAUUAUAAAUUGCAAAGGUAUAUUUGUGAAACCGUUAAUUUAUAUAAUGAAAUGAAUAAAAAAUAUUGCCUUCAUAAUGACCCAAAUUAUAAAAGGACUUGUGACGCAUUAAAAAUAUUUAAGAUAACAUAUAAUGGGUACCUUUAUGAAAAAUAUCACAACAAUUAUAUAAUACCACCCUUAGACAAUGUAAAAAAUGAAGAUUCGUUGAAAUGUAUAUUGCAAGCAAAAGCAUUAGAACCAGUUACUACUAGUGAAGUAAAUAAAGAAACAUCUUCACAUUUAGCGAGGGUUCAUAGUACAAGUACAGAUACAUCUACACAUUCAACGAAAGUUAUUGAUGGAAUUCAAGUUGAUUCUAGGUUACCUACUGUAUUCACAGCUGAUGGUACCGUGGGUGAUGGAGAUACAGCAGGUCAAUUUACGAUUUUAACUGAAGAUAAUGUUGAAAAUGAA